UUUAUCGUUUGCCGUUUGUUCCAUUCAUUUCUACUUCAUGGAUGAAACCGCUGCUAACUCCGCCACUUCCACCACUACCUCCACCGAGGCACCAACCCCUCAAGAAACCAAAAAGACAGCCGAGGCGCCUGUUCGAUGGGCCGAUUUGGAAGACGACCCUUCAGAAGAACCGAGCGCUUCUUCAACAUCGGAAGGAAAAAGUGCGCCGGAGCUGGGAGUUGAAAACCUAACAAUCGACGAAAAUAAAAAGAUCAACAAGUUCCUCGACGAACCAGAGGACUCCAACAUCAAAGCGGUUACAUCUGGUGAUACACCGUACACAUCAGCUUUGACAUUUGAGGAAUUGAAUCUGUCCCCUGAGUUGUUGAAAGGGUUAUAUGUUGAGAUGAAAUUUGAAAAGCCUAGUAAAAUUCAAGCUAUUAGUUUGCCAAUGAUUCUGACGCCUCCUUACUUGGAUUUAAUUGCUCAAGCUCAUAAUGGUUCUGGGAAAACCACUUGCUUUACUCUUGGAAUGCUAUCUCGUGUUGAUCCAAACCUAAAAGCUCCUCAAGCAAUUUGUAUUUGUCCCACGAGAGAAUUGGCUAUUCAGAAUUUGGAAGUGCUUAGGAAGAUGGGGAAGCAUACUGGGAUAACAUCAGAAUGUGCUAUUCCAAUGGAUAGUUCUAAUUAUAUUCCCAUUAAUAAAAGACCACCUGUUACAGCUCAAGUAGUUAUUGGUACUCCUGGCACUAUUAAGAAGUGGAUGUCGGCAAAGAAAUUGGGUGUGAGUAAUGUGAAGAUUCUUGUGUUUGAUGAAGCUGAUCACAUGUUGGCUGAGGAUGGAUUUAAAGAUGACUCCUUGAGAAUAAUGAAGGAUAUUCAAAGGAUGAAUUCUCACUGCCAGGUUCUCUUGUUCUCUGCCACAUUUAGUGAGACUGUAAAGAAUUUUGUAUCAAAGAUCGUCAAGAGAGAUCAUAAUCAACUUUUUGUCAAGAAGGAAGAACUAUCAUUGGAGUCGGUGAAGCAGUACAAGGUGAAUGUUCCAGAUGAACUUUCCAAGGUUAUGGUGAUUAAAGAGAGGAUUUUUGAAUUUGGAGAACGCCUAGGGCAGACAAUAAUAUUUGUACGCACAAGGAACAGUGCUAGUACAUUGCAUAGAUCACUUGUUGAGCUUGGUUAUGAUGUUACCACAAUUCAAGGUGCUCUCAAUCAAGCUGACCGAGACAAGAUAGUCAAAGAGUUUAAAGAUGGUUUGACUCAAGUCCUCAUCUCAACGGACCUUCUUGCCCGUGGUUUUGAUCAACAACAGGUUAAUUUGGUCAUCAACUAUGAUCUUCCUGUGAAACAUGACAACCGAAUGGAGCCUGAUUGUGAGGUUUACUUGCAUAGAAUUGGUAGAGCAGGGCGUUUCGGCCGCAAGGGAGCUGUGUUCAACUUACUAUGUGGUGAUGCGGACCAAAUGAUAAUGUCCAAAAUUGAAAAUCAUUUUGGCACCCAAAUAGCAGAGGUUCCUGAUUGGAGGAACGAAGAAGACUUUAAAACUGCUCUCAGAUCGGCCGGUUUAUUGUAAAAUGCUAGAGAAGAGGAACAAACUGAUUGUGCUUUUAGUAUGCUAUAGACUCGAUUAUUUGUGGCAGGUUUAUUAAUUGCUCCCUGUUCUAUGGGGUUGCUAUAUGAGAAUUUUUG